AUGGUCCAUGUCAAGCCUUUUGCAGUUGAGCAGUGGAUGGAUGCAUAUGAAACGACUGCAAAGUACAACAUCGCCGAGACAUGUGCUGCUUCUGUGUCAGUCAACGAACUACGUGAGCUAUCAGAGAACAAAAGCGCCGAGAUAGUGGAUCUGUCCGCAAUCCUCAACUAUGGAGAGAUUCGAGGCAACGAGAAGUUGCGUUCGAACCUUGCCAGGCUCUAUUCUUCUAGAACAAGCAACCCAUUGCCUCAAGAGAACAUCUUGAUCCAACCUGGUGCUAUUGCCUCGAAUGCUCUUGUACUUUAUACUCUGGUCGGCCCUGGUGACCAUGUCAUCUGCCACUAUCCUACGUAUCAGCAGUUGUAUGAUUAUCCUGCAUCUUUGGGCGCCGAGGUGGAGCUCUGGAAGGCUACGCCAGAGAAGCAAUGGGAACCUGACUUUGAGGAGCUAAAGGCUAUGAUCAAGUCUAACACCAAGUUGAUCAUCUUGAACAAUCCGAACAACCCUAGUGGUGCCGUGCUCAAAAAGUCGCUGCUGCAGAAUGUUAUUGACUUGGCCAUGGAGAAGAAUAUCACCAUCCUCUCAGACGAGGUAUACCGACCUCUUUUCCACGGCAUCACUCCUGCCGAGAACGAGUUCCCUCCUUCUAUCUUAUCGAUGGGCUAUGAGAACACUAUCGUUACAGGUUCGCUUUCAAAGGCCUACUCUCUGGCUGGAAUUAGGACUGGCUGGAUUGCCUCGCGAAACCGAGAUAUCAUUGAAAAGUGUGCCGAAGCUCGCGAUUACACCACCAUCAGUGUCGGAGUCUUGGAUCAACAGAUCGCCGCAUUUGCUCUCGAUCAAAACUGUAUACACAGCUUGCUAGGCAGAAACAUUGCUCUUGCACGCACCAAUCUAGAAUUGCUGGAAAGAUUCGUCAUCAAGCAUGACGAAUACUGUUCUUGGGUCAAGCCAGUGGCAGGCACAACUGCAUUCAUCAAGUUCAGUCGAGACGGACAGCCAAUCGACGCGAGAGAAUUCUGCAAGCAGUUGCAGGAGAAGACUGGUGUCAUGUUCCUCCCUGGAGACUGUUUUGGCGAGGAGUUCAAGGGCUAUGUUAGGAUUGGAUAUGUGAAUAGGACGGAAGUCGUUAAAGAAGGCUUGGAGCAGGCACGCCUUUUCAUGCGCAAGGAGCUUGACGAUAUUCCUCUUGCAAGCUGA